CUUAAACUCUGCGCUGCAGUUUCCUCCGGAACCUCCCAAACGUCACGGACGGCCGGAAGCGGUCGCAAAUUUAAACAGCCACCACAGCAACAAUAAAGGCGUACUUUCACUUUACGGGCUGUCUGAUGAAUCAAUAUUUGAUGAAAAAAUAAACUAAAACGUUACAGAGGAUUUCUCUAAGGUGCAAACUUAACAGAAGUAGUCCAAGGUGAAGGUGGAAGUAUGGAGGAAGAAAUAAGGAUGGCUGAGACAGAACAAGGAGAUGGUGUGAGCAAUGAGGGAGAGUCCAGUGUAGACAUGUCCAACAACAGCCCAACAAAAAGAGGAAGGGGGAGGCCACAAGGUUCAAAGAAGUUGAAGGUUUGUGUAACAGACGUUAACCUAAUGGAGCUGGUUUCAGGCAUUUCCAAUGGUGGGUCCACACAGCCCCAGAGAGGAAGAGGGCGUCCUAAACUCUUGGCCACGAAACACACAUUGCAGGAGGGAUCAGGAGACGACGAUGCUGAUAAUUCUGUGCAAACUCAUAGGGGUAAAGGGAGGCCGAAAGGGUCCAAGAAACAGACCAGUAAUGGAGACAAUCCUAUGACAGAUCAUUCUCCUAAGAAAAGAGGCAGGCCAAAAAAGUCUCUCAGCAAAAGCACCCCCGAAAAGGCUACUUCUGAAGACUUACCAAACGGUGGCUCUGAUACACCAAAAUUGGGAAGGGGUCGCCCAAAGGGAUCCACAAAGCGCAAGUCAGAAAGUUUAACAAGUGGUGAAGAGGAUGAAGGCAGUUCUGUAAAACCUAGGAAAAGAGGUCGACCAAAGGGCUCUCUCAAUAAGAAACCCAGACUGGAGAGAGAGGUGAGCAGCGAGGGGGAGGUGGAAACUGAUGGAAGCCUAAACUCACCAAAAAGGGAGAGGGGUCGGCUCAGGAAUGCGGAGGUGAAUAACACUGGGAGGUUGACACAGGAUACGUCGAAUGGUGUGUCAAACACGCCUCGGAGAGGGAGGGGAAGGCCAAGAAAAAGUCUUGAACAGAAUAGCGGAGAUCAACAAGAACUGGUCACAGAUGGCUGCCAGCCAGCUAAAAGGGGAAGAGGUCGGCCCAAAGGCUCUUUAAACAAGAAACCCCCUGCAUAUAAGGUGCACGGUAAGGUAGGCCGGCCGCGGAGAGUACUCGUCCCGCCCACAAGAGGGAGACGUGGUCGACCAAGACAACAACCAGCCAAAAGGGGAAGGCCAAGGAAGUACCCUCUGCCGUCACCUGAGGAGCUGAAAAAGCCAAAAGUAUGGAAGCCGCUCGGACGGCCGAGGAAAUACCCACGCGUUGAUCCUCCAGAGGGAGCUCCGCCAGCCCCUCGCAGAAGCCGUGGUCGGCCUCGCAAGUCCGAGUCUAAGAAAGGCGCACACUUACGCAAGAGUUUACUUACCACUCCAUCCUCACAACGCAACCCCAAUGAUGGACCCCCAAGAAAAAGGGGCCGCCCCCCAAGUACUGCAAAAAGUGAAGAUGUCACGCCACGGAAAAGGGGCCGGCCUAAGGGUUCAGUCAACAAAAAUAAAGUCAGAAGUGAAACACAGCUCGACAGCGCACUCCCCAACCAUUCAAAAGAAAAGAGUGAUUCAUCUGCUGUUCGGGUGGAAUAUGAAGGAGAACCAGCAGUAGAGGUGGAGCAUGACAGGCAGACGAUGCCCACCGAGCACGGCAAUACUGACGAAACGCUCAUUGAACAGGAUGCAGGCUUUGAAAUCAAUGAGUUGUCCUGCACAGAUCUCGACUUCUGCAUUCCUCGACUGAAACGAAAAGCUCCGUAUCAAAUGCCUUCCCGCCACUCAUAGUUGCCCUGAAGAUUUCCCUCUCCACCUGUAGCAUUUACUUUUUUAGUUUCAGCUUAUUUCGACUUGCAGUCGUUACUUCACCCUUUUCUCUAAUGUUUACAUGUAGCUGUGAAACCUCCUUUUUUUUUUUUUUUUUUUU